AUGGCUCCAAACUACGACACCCGGUCGACCAAGUUGGCCAUGGUGGUGGAAGGAAGAGGCUACAUCGAGAUGGCUUGUCCCCACCGCUCCGCCGAGGGACGCACAACCCAGGAGGAGACGGGAUCCCAAGGAGAGCAGCGCGUCCGCUAUCGGACCGUGAGAUCGCGAGUCUCCCGUGGGUCGGUGUUCGUGAUCCCCGCAGGGCACCCGGCGGCAGUCGUGGCCGCUGCUAACGAAAACCUUCAGGUCCUCUGCUUCGGGAUACGGUCGGAGAACAACCGGAGGUACUACCUCGCGGGGAGGAACAACGUGCUGAACAGACUCGACAGGGCGGCGAAGGCGAUGGCCUUCGGCGUCCCGGCGGAGGAAGUGGAAGAGGUGCUCAAUGCGCAGCCGGAGAGCGUGUUCAUGCCCGGUCCGGAGCGCCGGCGGGAAGAAGAAGAGAAGUGGCGGCAGCUUAUCUUCAAAUAUGCCGGGUUGUGA